CAUCAAUCAAUUAAGUUCGAUCAAUUAGACUGAACCCGACCCAUGUCGCAGCCUUAUGCUCUCAUGCCCCAUCCAUACAUCCAGCAACCACCGCCCAAGUGACUGCUAGAAAUAGGACGAUGCAUGCGACUGGAGGCGCAUACGUACAACGGUUACCUACCACCCAUCGCAACGCAGCGAUAAGAUCUAUGGUCAACGAUGAACCACGCACACAUCGGAUCAGUCAUAUAAACAAACACCUCGGCGUCGGAGUUGAUCGAGUGGUGUUCCGCACAAUCAGCGAUCAAGAGAAUCAUGAAGCAGCGGGAGAACAUGAACACACGGUAAAAAUGCAAAGAAGGAAACAGAGAGCUUCGGCGAUCAUUACCCACGACGCUCGAUCUCCCGGUGCCGAUCGUCAUCCCUCCUCACCAACACCACGAAUGUGGAGGGAGACGCAGGUGAGCGGUGGGAGUAGCACUAAAGAACGAGAGGUGGCAGUUGGGCACUGCUUGAUAUCCGAUCCAACGGUUCUUGUUCGCCGUCCGGACCCCACGGCCGAGAUUCCUCGCCUGUCCUUCUAGAUCUCGCUCGUCCGUCAAGGAUCGGACGGUUCGCGUAAAAUUUACGCGAACAUUUGCGCCUGGUGCUGUCCAUUUCUUUUAUCUUUUCUUCCUUUCUUUUUUCCCUAUUUGUGAUGCCCAGGUCCCACCAACGGAGAUUGUGAGGGAUUUGAAGGAGGUCGGUGAUCGUUCUUGGUUGCUCGAGGUACCUUUUUCGGAUUCGAAUUCUGUUUGCAGUUAGAAAGCGAAAUGUAUUGCGGUCUAAACUCAUCUGAUGAUGAUGAUGACGUUGGUGGGUUCUUUUCUUGCUACUAUUAGGGUUUCGCCUCUGCAAUUUUUACUCGAUUUCGAUUUUUGUUUUUUGAUUCGAAUUCUGUUUCCAGUUAGAAGGCGAAUUGUAUUCUGGUCUCAACUCAUCUGAUGAUGGUGAUGAUGUUGGUGGGUUAUUUUCUUGCUACUUUUAGGGUUUCAGUCUGCAAUGUUUACUCGAUUUGGAUUUUUUUUUUUCGAUUCGAAUUCUGUUUCCAGUUAGAAGGCGAAAUGUAUUCUGGUCUCAAUUCAUCUGAUGAUGAUGAUGAUGAUGUUGGUGGGUUCUUUUGUAGCUACUUUUAGGGUUUCACUUCUCCAAUUUUUACUCGAUUUGGAUUUUUUUUGCGAUUCGAAUUCUGUUUCCAGAUAGAAGGCGAAAUGUAUUCUGGUCUCAAUUCAUCUGAUGGCGAUGAUGAUGUUGGUGGGUUCUUUUGAGCAGUUGGUUUUUGUUCCUUCGAUAUCGAAACUCUCUGUCAAUCAUAUGUUAGGUUAUGAUAAAAUGGGGUUAAAAUGGAGAAGUAGAAUCAAGAUUGAUGAUUUCAUAUUUCAUGAUGGCAUUGGAUCAUAUAGGCUGCCUUCGCAUCAUGUGUGUUUACAAAUGAGGCAUCACAAGUCCACAACUGACGAUAGGUUUUUGUCAUGUCUAAAUCCAAAUAAACAGUAUUGAUGAAUCUGUGUUCUUUUAAAUUCGGCUUUCAGUUCUCCGCACAAUGUGAUUGUCUCCAACCAGCAUGGCAUGAGUAUACAUACUGGUAACAAUUUGAUGAUGCAGGGCAGCAUAUAUUCUUGCUUCUGUUUGUCAUGCAUAGCACAGACUAGGGUUGAAGAGCCACUUGAAAUAAUUUGUCGUAAAUGUUGUGCAAUCCCUGAGGUCAUUUUCUUAGUCUGGUGGAUGUUAGAAAUCCAUUAGUACUUGUCUACGUACUUUCUCCUUCCAUUCCUCUGUAAAGUUUUCUUUUUGUAAUUUUGUAGCAUUGACCUUUUAUUACAAGUGCUUGGGAAAUUAAGUGAAUCUUUCUUCCAUCCGAUUUUGUUAGAUGCUUCCUCUUUUUUUUUUGUUUCGAGUUCUCUAUAACCUGUAUCCAAUGUAUAUCGACACACACCCCUGCUUUAGAAGCCCUGAACCUAACUUUGACUAUGACGACAGGUCAUAGGCAACUCCAGAAUAUGGGCCUUUUAAUUUGUUAUCCUAGUUUUUUUUUUCAAUUGGUGGUCCAUGUCUUCAAGGGAAUCCAGAGAUUGAAGUAAUUUGGACGAAGAUUAAUGCCAAAUACCACCUACUGUGAUGACAAAUAUUAAUUUUGGACAACAAUUAAUUGACUUUUCCAUUCAUCAAAUGAAUGGCAAACAUCUAUGGCUGCCACGACAACUUUUAGCCAACCCUUCCAAUGAUCAUUACGGCCCAUGCAUUUCCUACCAAUGAUACAUAAAAAAUGCUUGUCAUGCAUUGUGCUUGUGUGCCCGAGAUUUGAUGCACUGCAUCAAUUUUGUUUUAUAGUAGGUAUUUUCUUUAGGACAAACAUAAGGGAUCCACAAUGAGUACAUUGAUCAGUGUUUAUAGAACAAUAGCCUUGUCAUGUCCAUUUUUGCCUGAAAAAUAUAUAUUAGUUACUUAUAAAGAAUAGUUGUACUUCUUUUCUUCUCCAUGUAUAUUGUGAUGCAGAUGAAAGAAUGCUAAUAGACUAUACCUUAUUCUCGGAAUACGUAUCAAUUGCAAGUGGCAAUGUAACCCUUUAUUUGUUUAGGUACUCUCUUUUCUAUCGUAGAUUGUUUUGGGAUAUUUAAUAUGCCAUUUUUGUUUGGCCUACUUGUAAAAGAUAAAGGAAGACUUCAUUGGGAUCCAUUUCAACUCAGCUAUUAAUUAAAUAUACACAUCACGACCAACUUGUAUAGCUAACAGUUGACCUGCAUUACAAGCAUUCGCUAAUCUGCCAUCAUCUAGUGUCUACCUGACAGCUCCUCUAGAGCAGCUCAUCUUCAUUGCAAUGUUGCAGUCUUGAAUGCUAUUUAUCCACCUUCUGUAGACCUAAUAAAACAUUUGCUGAUAUGAAUGCUCUGACAUGGCCCUUUGUGGACAUGAAAUUAAAGAAAGUAGUUGGUGUUUCACUUGUUUCUGUGACAAGGUGUUGUAUAUAAUGCUUUCACAUGGUGCUUUAAAAUCCAUUGUGACUGGAAGAAUCAGCUGUUUUGGAAAUCUUCCUUCUUUUGUUUCAAAUAACUCUGCAGUUAUGCAUGUGGGUUUUUAACGUUGUUGAUCUGUUGUUGAGAAGAAGGGGUUGAUGAAAGAUGAAGAAGAAAUGAUAGUUUGGUGACAACGAUGGAGCACGUUUUAAGAUGAGGAUGCCUUCUACGUGGAGGAGCUGAUCAUGGAUGUUCUGAUUUUGAUUUCAAGCAAAUCAACCAUUCAUAUCAACAUGAACUCCAACACUAGUGACGACUUUCUUGAUGACUGGCAUCAAUCAGUGAAAGCUUGGAAGAGUUGGUGAGCAGGAGAAGGCACCCUUGUCAGCUGAUGAGCAGGAGAAGGUGCCCUUGUCUGACAAUCUAUUGAUAUCAUGGCCAAGCGACAUCUAUCUAAUCAGAAGCUGGUGUUUGCAGCUGGAGAAUUAGAUGGUCUUCUUAAUUUCCCCAUCACCCUCCAUGAUCUUAUGCUGGAGCAAUUUUAAUAUGCAGCAUUCACAAAACCCACCAAUAUAAAUGGUUCUGACUUGGGGCUAAUGACUUUGUGAUGAGUUCGGAGUUCAGCACACAGCACAAGGCUGUGCAUGUGCUCAUCUUUAUUUCUGGUCAGGUUCAUGAGGGGGACUUGAAACACCCACCAGGGAAGACAAGAAAUUUAACAAAGCAUUGAUUGACUGAAAGCUGGAGAGCUUAAUGGCUUCAUUAUUCUCCAGCUUGGAGAGAUAUAGUCUCAGAGCUCUUCAAUGUACAGAUUCCAGCUCUGGAUGGGGAGUGGUGGUCAAAGCAUAUGUCUAGAGAUUAAAAACAACUCCCCUACUUCUCGUUCCCUAUGUUGCCACUGUGGACUUAUUUGACAAACGCAGCAUGGCUUCUCUUUUUUCUUAAAGGUUAGGAAUGAUGUUUGCAAGAUUAGCAUUUGGAGCACAAGAGAUUGAUGAAAUGAGGAGAUCGAUGGAUUGUGUUUGAGCAGAGUCAUGUACAAGACGAUCUCAAGCUUAACUCAAGUGUUAUCAUGAGUUAUGAUGGUUUCAACUUUGCUCACUCCUGGGGACAUAUGAAGGAUCAGCAUCUGGAGAAACAGAGGAUUAGAAACAGCUGGGUGACAUUGACACAGUCCAACUCACUUCCUGCAGGAUCAUGGAGUUUUAUGUUGAAGAAGGACUAGAGUCGGUGAGCUUAUACAAUUAACGUAAUUAUACAUAUUUUAGGACAAACAAAAUAACAGAGGGUUAAUGAGAAAUGAUGGAGGUGCCAUAAUGUCCGACACUUAAAAGACUUACCGGUGAAGGAAGGAUUCAGAACUUAAUUCAAGUGAGGAUGUGAGCUUGCAACAGGUUGCCAAACCGCAUUCAUUCCAACCGGUAGCUGCUCCGCCUCACUCAUCCAAAAAGCUCGCGUCUGCUGACACCCGAAAGACGAAAUGAGACUGGUGGGCAUCAACAACCGAUAUGAAUGAAAGCUGAAGCGGAAGCUUCGGGUCAACUCAUGCACAGCAAGCAAUAACUACAGGAUGCAGAGAAAGAAAUAGACACAGCACGACUAGGUUCAUGGGCCGAUAUCGGGAGCUUGCUGUGGGGUGAUUCGGAUGGUGAGGUACUCAAGCUCUCGGGAAGGAGUGUCGGUUGGCGUUGGUCGGGAUCGGGGUUGAUUGGCGACUCCUCGGUGCCAAGCGAGUCGCGGUCCCGUGCCGAGUCCUUCAUCGUCGAUGAGUAGUAGCUCUCCUGCAAAAUGGCCUUCGUCGGAUGGUACUCAACCGUGGCCUCUCCGACGAGCAAGUUAGUAACGAGAGGGAUUGCUCUUUUCCUUCUCCUCUUUUUUUUCUCCCUUGAUCGGAGGCUAGCCAGGGGUUUUAUACUGUGGCGCGAAGGUUGAUGGUGCCGCCCCAAGCCCCCAGGACGGGACAUGUGGUGCAAGGUUCUAACUUGACGUGCUGUGUUGGCUGUGAUGUGUUCAGGCUGUCAAAAUAUAUCGUAUCAUUUCUAUCCUUCACCACUCUUAUACUAUCUCUAUCAUGUCAGAUUUGUUUUUAUUCACCUCGCCCUUGCUCGAUAAAAUAGAGACCACAAUAGCUAUAACCUUUAUCUCGAGCAAGAACACAAACACUCACUACAAAAGAGAAAGGAGGAGAGGAAGACUACGAGCAAGAUGGUUAUUAAUGAAAAAAAUAUGAUUUUUUUAACAUUAAGAUAUUUUGUGAGAAUGUUUUAAAUAUAAUUUUUUUAAACUAUAAAUUAUUAUUAUUAAUUUUAAGGUUGAAAUCUGGCGCCAUUUUUAGUCUGCACGUUUGUUGAUUUUAAAAACACCCAUGUAUCCGAAAGCGUUUUCUAGUUAUCCAAAACAGUUUUUUGAUGGUUUACAACAUGUCAUAAAUCCAUUUAAAAAUAAAUAAAUAAAUAAAAUUGUAGCAAAUUCAAAACGUUUUCUUGUUUCCCAUCAUUCAAAAAGAAGCGCCAACAGUGAGGCUUGUUCAAGAACUGAGGGGAUAGGAAGGGCAAAAGAAUUCCAUUAACUGGAACCUUCGGGAGCGGACGGUGAUAAGUCUGAGAGAGAGGGAGAAGGGGAUCGAUCUUCGAGAGGGGACACGACCGCGUCGCCUUCGUCGCCGGCGAACUCAGAUCCUUCGCCGAUUCCUUCUUCUCCUCUUCCUCUUACAUGAGAAGAAGAUCCGCGGACCUCAGUCGUGAUCGCGUCGCCUUCAUGACCGGACAACUCAGAUCUGGCGCCGAUUCCUUCCCCUCCUUUGUUUGCAUGGGAAGAAGAUCCGCGGACCUCAGUCGUGAUCGCAUCGCCUUCAUGACCGGCCAACUCAGAUCCUUCGCCGAUUCCUUCUUCUCCUCUUCCUCUUACAUGAGAAGAAGAUCCGCGGACCUCAGAGGGGAAAAAAGAAAAGAAGAAGAAGAAGAAACAGUUUAGCAAAAUUUCUAAAAGUGAAAAAAGGAAACUCUUAUAUGAAAUAGUGCUAUCUUAUGUUUUUGUGUUCGUCUCGUGUUAGGAAGCAUAUCAUCAACCCUUUGGUCAAUUUUAACAUUCACUUUAAGUACUACUUUAUUUUUUUUAAACUUGAUUAACUACUUGUAUAUUUGAAUUCUUUCUAAAUCCAAUUCAAACAUCUAUUUACUUUUGUGUCUAUUCCAAGACUUUUUGUCAAAUAUACUUUUGUUUAAAUUAAUUGAAUUUAAUGGUUACAAGAAGUAAACAAAAAUGAUUAAUUGCAAUCCUUAUUGCCAAUAUGAUUGUGCUUUUCUGGUUUGCUUGUGUUGAGGUUUUUCUGUAGCCCAAAGAAUUCCCGUAAAGGGAUAUUGAUGCAGGAAUUAUUCAAUGUUAUCAAUAACAAAAAUAUACUUUAAUUUAUUGUCCAUGUUUCUUGAUUUAGAGAAACAGUUUUUGGAGAAUGAUGGCUACAACGUGUCACAAAACCAAUUUAAGAAACAAGAUAUUAACUAUGGUUGCAUGUUGUAAAUGUUUUCUCGUUUGCCCCCCAUAAAAAAAAGUAGUAAACUCUUUUCCGAAUGAGAGCAGCCUAGUCAUCCUAUCGGCUUUCGAAUGAAUUCUUUGUCUUUGCUUUUUAAUUGAUUUCUUUGACGUUUUCUGUCUUAACAUGUUCUUCGUCAUCGUCACAUGACGUGGUUGGUUAUUCGUUGUCCCAGAUCUUUUAAUAGACACGUUUGAGGGCUUGAUUCUUGAUUUUUUGAGUUGCAAUUAUUGGUACUUAAAUCAUUUAGCUUUCGUUCCCGAUCUUAAAGGUGCUUCGCAGGAUUUCUUUUCCUUCUCUGGCCUGGUGAGCGCAUUAGGGAGUUGGUUGUACCAAUCUGAAAACGUAUGCAAAA